CUUAAGGUGAAACAAUAUUCUAAAGGGGAGGGGAGAACAACGGCAACAAGUAAACAUUCGUAAAGUUAGAUAUGGAUAAACUCAAAAGCAUUUCCCUCACGAAAAAGGCAAUCAUUGCGACAUCUGGUAUUGCAGCAAUAUCAAUUGGUGCUUACUUUUUGUACCGGAGGCUUAGGAGAGGAGAGAAUGAUUUGGCAGAAAAAAGGCCAAAAAAGCAAAUUGUUACUGACCACCAGCCAAGUGAAAAUUUUGAUGAAUAUGAAGCUGCAAGUGGCAAAAAAGUUCUUGUUCUUGGAUUAGAAAAGUCAGGCAAAUCCUGUCUCUUGGCUGCCAUGUUAAAUGAACAAGCACAAAAGGAAUACCAACCAACCCUUGGUUUCAAUGUUAUCUGCAUAACAAACAUCAAUAAAAGACUUGAUAUUAUGGAAAUUGGUGGGUCAGCAAGGUACAAGGAGUAUUGGGACAGAUUUGUCAAUGGUACAGAUUUGCUUGUAUAUGUUAUUGACUCUUCAAAUACCAGCUCACUUUCAGACACCUUGGUUGCCUUAGAAGAUACAUUAAAACUAGAAGCCUUAUUGGACAUUCCUGUUAUCAUAGUGUUUAGUAAAAGAGAUAAAGACACUUCCGUUCCCAUCAGUGAUUUGAUUAGCCAAAUAAAACAAAAAGAGUUUGAAAAUGAAAGAUUUCAGUAUGCAACAGUGCAAGUUCAAUGUGGAGGAGCGCCAUCAACCGAAGGUGUUGAGAAUUUGCAGGAACAGAUGACACAGUUAUGCUGAAUUCAUAGUUCUUCUUAGCACUCGCAUAAUUACACUGCAUUCGUCUUUUUAUGUAUAUUUUAAGCAUAUUUGAGGCACAUUUUACAAAUUUUGCAACAUUGUGUUAGGAAACUCUGUAAUGAUUUUUUUGGGCAUAAACUAACACUGAAAAGUGUAUAUGUAGAAAUUUUCUUCAAUAUUCUCAAUAUUCUGAAUAAAGCUUUCUACCAAAUUGGAUAGUUUAUUCAUGUGUUUCAGAAUUAUAACAAGCUAUGCAUUAAUUUUUUGAAAAAACACAAGGUAACUCACCAAGGAAGUUUUAUUAUAAUAAUUUUGACAAACCUAAGAGCCCCUGCUACAAGUUCAAGAGUAAAUUUUUCAAAUUUUCUUAAAGGUUUUGUUUGUGAUUUGAUUUAAAUUGAUUUAAGAUAUCUUGACAACUUAAGUUUAUUUAUUUUCUAAUAAUAGGGAUUUCAAGCCAAAAUGCAAUGGUCAGUUUCUCUUGGAAGGUGCUUUAUCUACCUCCUUUAUUUCUAGGUAUAAAAGUGGAUGAUUUCAGAUGCAAAUUUUAUUCAGAAUUAAACCUUCAAUUAAAACAAUUUGUUUGCAUAUGUUCCAAAAAGUUUGGCACUACCAUAGAAAAAUCCGUUGUUUUGCUCAAUACAACACAUAGGGAUGGAACCAAAAACAACCAAGAAUCUUUUAUCUAAUUUUAAAUGAAUAUUUUUCAAUUAGAUGAAAUAUUGAAGGGUUUUUUUGAAGUGGAUGGUAGUGUCAUAUUACUUAAACUAUGCUGUAGUUUUUAUUGGGAGUUUUGUUGGGAAAAAGGUGUUCCAAAAUACGAAUUUCGGUACGUGAGGUAGACUUGUACUUGGGAGAAGGAAGAAGUUUCUUAAGAGAUUUUAAAUUUUUUGCUUAAUUUGUAGAACACUACUGUAAUGUUUCACAAAAAGUGAGUAGAAAUGUCUUA